GAAUGGUACAAGAACAGACUUAACAACCAGAAAACAAGUCUCAUCUUUGACAACUACCGCUCAGAGGUGUUCAAUGUAACAGGAGGCAUUGACCAAGGAUGUCCUCUCUCUCUGCUAGGCUUCAUCUUUUAUAACUCUGAUGUGUUGGGAAUUGCUAACCCACACCCCCGCAAAGGUGAACUAAGUCUAGGGUUCUAG